GGGAACAGUGUGUACCCGGAAAGUUCUCCGUACUUUGACACAUAGCUUAUGCUUUGCGAGUAUAGCUUGAAUUUACCGCAACAGACGUCAGUCUUUUAAAGAUUCAUAAUUUCUCUUUUUAUUUUAUGUUUUUUUUUAACGUUUGAUGAGCUUAGUGAGCUAACUGAUGUCGGACUUAUUACUGCGAUGGUGUGUGGAUCAGCUGAACCGAAAUUUUGGUUUGGACGCUUGUGAUGACAUAGUGCAGUAUAUACUUUCCAUAGAGAAUGCAGAGGAGAUCAGAGAGUACGUAGGAGAUCUUCUCCAAGGGACAGAAGGAAAGAAGCAGCAGUUUAUGGAUGAACUCCUGGACAGAUGGCACAGGUCCCGGCAGCCUUCCUCAGAGAGCAUUCAGCUCUACCACAGAAAGGAGACUGUGGCAGACGUUCCCGAGGUAUUGAAGGGAAUGGAUUCCCUGAAGAAAUCCAAGCGCAAAGGGCGGAACAAGCAGGAAGUGCCGACUGUCCCUGAGCAGGAGCCUGCGCCAGAGGAAGUGAAGACGCCUAUAGACUUGUUGAAGGCGCAGGAAAGCAGCAGCUCUACCACUGUGAAAAAGAAGAAGUUUGUGAACCUGUAUGCCCAGGAGGGCCAGGACAGGCUGGCAGUCUUGCUGCCUGGGCGCCACCCCUGCGAGUGCCUGGCACAGAAACACAGGCUCAUCAAUAACUGUCUGACCUGUGGGCGCAUCGUUUGCGAGCAGGAGAACUCCGGUCCCUGCCUCUUCUGUGGCAGCCUCGUCUGCACAAAAGAAGAGCAGGAGAUCAUCCAGCGAGACUCCAACAAAAGCCAGAAACUUCUGAAGAAACUCAUGGGAGGAGGAGACAGAGCCAGUCAGGCCUGCGGCACAGAGAGAGAAUUUCUGCCCCAACAGGAGGCCAGGACGAAGUCUGGCCUGGAGAAAGCCCUCCAGCACAAGGAGAAGCUCCUGGAAUACGACAGGAACAGCGUGCGCCGGACGCAGGUGAUCGACGACGAGUCGGACUACUUCGCCACCGACUCCAACCAGUGGCUGCCCCAGGCGGAGCGCGAGGCUCUGCGGCGGCGCGAGGAGGAGCUGAGGGAGCUGCGUCACGCCUCGCGCCUCGGCAGGAAGGUCACGCUGGACUUCGCGGGGAGACGAGUGCUGGAGGAGGGAGAGGGCUUGAGCCAUUACUACAGCAAGUUAGAUGAGACUGUUCAGGCCAUCAGCACAGGGUCCCUGGCGCGAACUCCCACACAGCCUGAGCAAGGGACUCGACAGCACUUGGGAGAGCUUGUGAACCCCAAUAUCAUGCAGGCCGCACCAGUGUGGGUGGAGGUGGGCAGCUCGGAGGUCCAGAGGAAGGCCCGGGACAAGGCCGGCGUGACCGAGCCGGAUUCAGGACGCAGCCGGCUGCGGAUUCAAGACCGGGAGCUGCAGGAGAUUGCAGAUGGAGGCUGGUGUCUCAGUAUGCACCAGCCCUGGGCCUCUUUGCUCAUUAGGGGCAUCAAGAGGGUGGAGGGCAGGACCUGGUACACUUCUCACCGAGGCCGCCUGUGGAUCGCUGCUGCAGCCAAGAGGCCCACUCCCCAGGAGACAGCCCAGGUUGAAGCGAUGUAUCGGAAACUCUACAGAACAGCCCCUGACAUUCCAAGAGAAUAUCCCACAGGAUGUCUACUGGGGUGUGUGAACGUGACUGACUGUCUCUCUCAGGAGCAGUACCAAAAACAGUUUCCAGAUACGUGUGAAGAGUCUGGCUCUCCGUUUGUCUUCAUCUGUUCCAACCCCCAGGAACUCCUGGUGAAAUUCCCCAUGAAAGGGAAGCACAAGAUCUGGAAGCUGGACAGUCAGUAUCACCAAGCAGCCAAGAAGGGGUUAAUGCAUCAGAAAUCAGCCUAUUGAUUAAUCACAGAGAUCAUCUGCUUCUCAAGGGUGUAUAUGUGUGAGUGUGAGUCCACCAACUGGAGCUGAGAAAAGAACGUGGACCCAUCUACACAGGAGUGGACCCAUCCACACAGGCUGUGGGACGCUUGAAAACAAAUGCAUACAGUUAAAGUUGCACAUGCAUAAAAAAGCAACCUGAAUAGGACACAAUUAAAUUGAUAUGACAAAUGUAAAUGCAAAACCUCAUUCGGGUAGUGUUUUAAAUAAUAUGCGCACAAGUGAAGUUAAAAGGCAAAACUGGUGUCGGGCUAUCACUCACAGGUGACAAUAAUCUCACUAGGGAAACGCUGCUGCGUUGCACAAUAAAUAAACACCAAAUGAAAAUCCAAUUCUUACUGUAGGUGCAUGUUUCUUUGUUGUUCUGCUUUUCAUUUAAUUGGUUCUCUACCAUUUCUGUAAUACUGUGUGACAUUGUGUUGCGAGAGAAUGCUAGAUUUUGCAGAAUGGACAACACCCAUAACCUAUUCAUCCGAUUGUUCUUCUUUCUGUAUUGUUUUAGUCACAAAGAAGCCUGUCAAAAACAGGCCACUCAAUCUGGUGUCUUUCUAGACUUCCCAUGAUCGAGUGGCCUCUUUCAGAUGCAUGCUGCUUAAAAACUGAAAGCAGAAGCAGAAGAAACGAGUCCGAAGGCAGGACCCAGUCCUUGAAAUGAACUCAAAACAGUAUGUAAGGACCCACAUUUGUAAUGGACCUGAACAUUUUAGAACUUUUCCUAAAUACUGACAAGUUGAAUCACCCCAAAAAGGCCUUAGAGACAAAGAGCUAUGGUGCAAAUACUAUAAUUUAUUAUAUAGUCCUGAAAUUAUUCAUAAGUCUUAAUAUAGUUUUAAAGUCUGUCAAAGCAGUCCAUGUGCUGCAGCUGGUUUUUAAAGCAACUGCAUGGCUGAGUGUAUCCUUCAUCAGUGGUCAAGCAGAAGCACAGUUUUUUCUGAGUCUUAGAUCAGUCAAAGCAAAUGUGCUCCGUGCCCUCAUCCCAAACAAGGAGGUUCAAACCUAGACCUUAGGUUACAUGUUGGAGAUCUCCAGAACGUGUCUUUCAGUUCGGCAAAGUGGUUUCCAGGGGGAAUUUUCAGGAAUAGUUUAAUUUUCCACCUUAAUGAAAAGGAAACAACGUCUGGAUUCUCUGUGAGUCAACAUACUUUUUUAUGUCAAGUUGCAUUUUUGUCUCAAAAAGUGGCUUAUUUAGCUGCAGCUCUCUUGUUUAUGCACAGUUAAUUUACUCUCUCUUAAUUCAAUAGAAGCACUUGUGAUGGCCUGGCCUAGAAAUCAAAGCACUAUUAUUAGAAACAAUUUAGUAUUAUAUAGUUGACACAGGCUACAUCUGGUUUUGAGCCAAACUACACAAGUUACGUAAAUCUAACAUCUAGUCAAAUAAAAUGUCUGCCUUCUUCUGAGACUUCACAGGACACCUGACAGUUGUGACCUGACUGAAGUGGCUUCUCCAGUUUCAGCUUGUUUACCAUUUAUUUCCCUCUUACAAAAUGAUAGAAUUGCAGAAAUCCACCAGCUAGUUUCUAAUUCCCACUAGUAUAAAUAACCCUCAUAGGUUAUGUGCCAAUGUGCCAUUGUUCUAAUAUGUGUGUGGACUAUUUGUAUUAAAGUGACAAGAAACAUUUGAUCAAUUAUAGGGAGUAUCGGUGAAGAACCAGAGCUUAAACAAAAUAAUUUAAUUUAAGUUUUGACAAGAUAGCACCUCCAUUUGCUGCUACUCAUCAGAGCAAACAGUCUUGCUGAAUGAGAAAGGAUGCAAAUGAGCACACCUGCAGUUACUGUGCAGAUCUGAAAUCGUCUGGCUGCGAUCUCUGACUUCCUGCCAUCAGCCACUCUCACUUUGAGGAUGUGGUGGCAAAGCCCUUCUGUUUUCCUUUUGUGCUUCACAAGGAGCCUAAAUGGAGGAUGGGGUGGGGAUGAAAAGAGGGGCUUGAAUUUUAUGAGGAAAAAAAUUAUUGUUACAAGCCAAGGGCUGGGAGGGCAAAACUGCCAGACUGAGGCAGAUCCACUUUGACCGCAGAGCUAAAUAAAGGAAAACGUUACUGUUUCAAAGCCCUGAACAAUGAAGUGCAGCAGCAGUUACUGGUUGAUUCAUCCAGUGUGGUUACAAACGUCAACGCUGUGGUUGGUUUCCUGAAACCAGUGUCUGUCUUCAUUCACAUGGUAUUAAUAGAAACUUUCAUGGAGUGCCAGGAGAGUAUGGCAGACUGCUUCUGCCAAGCCAGAUUUUACUGGUGCCCCCAACCCCAGCCUCAACACUGCCUUUUAACUGAUUCCAGUAAAUGGCGGAUUUAAAGUACAAUACCAUACGGACAACGUUGGCCAAACUUUGUAGAGCUGAGGAAUAUAUGUGGUUUGAACACGAUCCAUAUCUUUAAGGCCUAAAUGAUAACACACAAAAAAAAGGCUGAACUGAAACAAAGAUUUCUGCUUCUCACACCUGAGAAACACAAAGAUGAUCCCUGUUCUUUACCAAUUUUAUUUUAAGUUUCUUCCGUGAUGAAGGGCAGCAGAGAUGAACAGAAGUAAAAAAAAAUUGUAUUAAAAAUUAAUUUGUUGUAAAAACGAAUCACAAAGUACCCCAGCUUCUUUUUCGUCUGUCCCUGCAUAAAUGAUGCAUUUUAAGAACAUAACGAUAUAAUGAAGACCACAAACAAGUGGAGGCUCUUUGGGCUGUCUGUCUUGUUUGGUUCUUAGUAUCAGAGUAAUCCAAGGAUCUCAUCCAGACCCUUCUGUAAAAAGCCAGGGUAUGAGCUUCCACAGCGUGGCUAAUGGAAGCACACAAACUGGGCAGUCCGAUCUACACUGCUGUAACCAUUUGUGUGAUAAGAACAUAACAAAGUUUAGGAACACAAGGCAUGUUAAGGACAUCGGAAAGGUGUUUUGCAUUCUUUAAGAAGUGCUUAAUCUCAAGGGGUGAGAUUAUCGUCUAUAUUUUUGUCUAUAUUUCACUCAAGUUAAGCACUACCAGCAAAAACAUUCAAUCCAUUACUCUAGACUCCCAGGCUGCUAUGAUAGUGCUGUAGUGCCCUACUUUUACAGAAACAACUCAGUAAUAUAUUGUAUUGAAAUAGCUCAACACGUCUACUAUUUCAAACUUUUUCUGAAUUUUAUUUUUGUGUUUGACAUUCCAAUUUUCUGCAUUGGGAUGUUCAGCAGAGCACAUGCCCAUGUGCAAAAGACUUUCUGCAUUUACUGUAAUUACUCUUUUUACUCAGUGUGUUCUUUAUACAGAAGCAUAAUUCUCUUCUUUUGUUGAAUUUGUGGCGGUUUUAACAAUUUAUCCUGCAUCAUAAAAAGUAUCCCUUUAGCUUCAAAGUUUAGUAGGAUGGAACUAAUGAUUUUACUGAUGAGGAGCACCUGGCAGUGAGUCAUUUACAUUUGUUUGGUAAAUGUGAUGGACUAGCUUCUACAGCAAUUAAUAAUGAGUUGUUGCGAUCAAGUUAAAUUUGUUGCCUACAUAUUGCGACUCACUGGUUGCAUCAAAGAUGUCUAAGACUUCUUGUAGAAUACAUGCUGAAAGUUUAAUGUAUUAAAGGAUUGUUACAAAGGUAAA